AGCAAGUACUGUUCAUGUAGCUGCAGCAGAAUCUGCAAAUACAGUUGCUGAAAUAUUUAAAAAGAUGUCGUAUGGACCUGCACCUGAGUCAGACAACGUUGUAAAGGCUUGGUUGGAUGACCAUGACAAGGCUUUUGGCCUAUUUAUUGAUGGAAAAUGGGUGAAACCAGAAGGAAGAAAGACAUACACAACAAAAAAUCCAGCUACAGGUGAAGCUUUGGCUACAACUAUUCAGGCUGAGAAACAGGAUGUUGAUUUGGCUGUAAAGUCAGCUAAGAAAGCUUAUGCAUCAUGGAGCAAUACGAGCCCUCAUGUGAGAGCAAGAUACAUGUACAGUAUUGCUCGUCACAUCCAGAAACACAUGCGUCUGAUGAGUGUGCUGGAGUCUAUGGACAAUGGGAAGACUUUCCGAGAGACUAGGGAUGCUGAUGUACCAAUUGUGGUUCGUCACUUCUAUCACUACGCUGGUUGGGCUCAGUUAGCAGACACAGAAAUGAGAAACUGGAAAUCUGUUGGUGUGAUUGGUGCUAUUGUACCCUGGAACUUCCCUCUCAUGUUAUUGACGUGGAAAAUUGCUCCAGCACUGGCCAUGGGAAACACUGUGAUCCUUAAACCUGCCACCUAUACCCGUCUGUCUGCCCUCUUGUUGGCCGAAAUUUGCGCUGAGGCUGGACUGCCUCCAGGUGUCUUCAAUGUGGUCACAGGAAGCGGGGCCAUGGGAAGCCAGCUGGCUGAUCAUGAAGAUGUGGACAAAGUGGCAUUUACAGGAUCCACAGGGGUUGGUCAAACUUUAAGGCGCCUGGUAGCUGGGUCAGGUAAAAAACUAUCCCUGGAGUUAGGAGGGAAGUCUCCAGUGGUGGUGUUCGAAUCAGCUGAUCUGGACAGCACUGUGGAGGGAGUGGUGGAUGCUAUCUGGUUUAACCAAGGACAGGUGUGUAGUGCUGGGUCCCGCCUCCUCGUACAGGAAUCAAUACAUGAUAAAAUGGUUGCCAAGUUGAAGGAACGCCUCACUCAUUUCCGUGUUGGAGAUUCAUUGGAUAAAGGCAUGGACAUGGGAGCCAUUGUGGAUGAGUCUCAGAGACGCAGCAUACAGGAGUACGUAGACUCGGCUCGCAAGGAAGGGGCAGAGAUUUUCCAGAUUGAAUCGUCUAUCCCGAGUAACGGAUGUUUCUACCCUCCAACGAUCAUCACCAAUGUACAGACUGUCUCCAGAGUCGUUGUGGAAGAGAUCUUUGGGCCUGUUCUGGUGGUGCUACCAUUCCGUACAACUAAGGAGGCCAUUUCAUUGGCAAACAACACAAUCUAUGGCCUUGGGGGCAGCGUAUGGACAGAAAAUGUGUCACUGGCCAUGGAGGUGGCACUCUGUAUCAAGGCUGGCACUAUCUGGAUCAACAGCCACAAUUUAUUUGAUGCUGCCGCAGGGUUUGGUGGAUACAGACAGAGUGGCUAUGGACGAGAUGGUGGUAAAGAGGGCUUGUAUGAAUAUGCUCGUCCCUCCUGGGAAGAUCGACCCAGGCCACCAAAAAUCAGCCUGGAUAUAAAAAAGUUUGGUGCAACUUUGGCACAGCGACCAACCAUAGGAGACGGUCAGCAGUCCAGUAUCACUAUGGAUGGGGUCAACAUACCAGAAAUAGACCGGACAUACAAGAUGUAUUAUGGUGGUGCACAGAAACGACCUGAUGCUCCUUAUGCAAGGCCAGUGAUUGGUACUAAUGGAAAGGUUGUAGGUCAUGUUGGAGAGGGAAACAGAAAAGAUGUGAGGAAUGCAGUAGAGGCAGCUCGUGCAGCAUUUCCUGGUUGGGGUAAGAGAGCAGCUCACAACAGGGCCCAGAUCACCUACUAUAUGGCUGAGAACUUGGAGCUGAGACGAGACGAAGUGGCCACCAGAAUAGGUCAGAUGACGGGGAAGAGCAUGGAUGACUGUCGCACUGAAGUAGACUUGUCAGUGAAACGUUUGUUCCACUGGGGUGCCUACUGCGACAAGUAUGGUGGAACUGUACAGGAGACGACUCUGUAUGGUGCCACAGUAAAGAUUCAUGAGCCUGUGGGUGUGAUAGGUAUUGCCUGUCCAGAUGAUUAUCCCCUCCUUGGUUUUGUGUCCCUCUUUGCCCCUGCUGUUAUUAGGGGUAACACGAUUGUCAUUGUUCCCAGCCAGAAGUAUCCUAUCUCUGCUCUUGAUCUCUAUCAGGUGUUUGACACCUCAGACCUGCCUGGCGGUGUGGUAAACAUAUUGACUGGAGACAGGGACCACCUGAGUAAAUACUUAACAGAGCAUCAGGAUGUCCAGUCCAUGUGGUACUUUGGCAGUGCUGAAGGGUCAGGCUUCGUGGAGUAUACUUCAGCAGAGAAUGUAAAGAGAACCUGGGUGAAUUAUGGGAUAGAUCGUGACUGGAAGGAUUCCGAACAAGGAGAAGGCGAAGAGUUCCUUUACCAAUCGGUACAGUGUAAGAACAUCUGGAUUCCAAUGGGAGACACAUUUGCUAACUAGAGUGUGAAGAAAGUGACUAAGGAAUGAACAUAUCUAAUCAGUUUUCACUGUAAGUGCUAGUCUAAGUAAUCUUAACGGAAGUUGUACAGAAAGAGUAUUUCCUUAAGUAAAAUACUGUGUACACUGUAUUCAGAUGUAUACCUCAUCACCUUGUAUGUUCAGAUCUCUAUGUGUGCCUUCAGAAAUUCAAAAUGAUGUGAUAAUUUAAUGUUCAACUGAUGGUGAUUUGGUGCAGAUAAUGAGUGCUAACUGACAAUCUAGAAAAUGUUUAUUCUAGGUAGGUUAUAAAUACUUAGAUUUUGUUACAUCUGGCAAUUUUCUUUGAUGUUUAUUUUUCAAAAGGUACAUAUAAAAAUGAUCAAAAUCUUCAAUUACAGAUUCUGAUUUACAGGCAGAUUUAGUUUACCAGUAGAUAUGUAGAUAAACCUGCUAUUGUUAAAGAUAUGUUGUGUUGAUAGCCUCAUCCCAGAGGAAGACUUUGUUGUCAGAUCUUUAAUACCGGUGGCGUUACUGGGACUAAGUUUGUUGGUUUGAUAUAAGUUGUCGAAAGAUAUUGCUUUGUAAUGUGUAUAUAUGAUACCAGUAUUUUCAAAUAUGAUACAGGUUUAUUCAAAUAUGAUAACAGUAUUUUCAAAUAUGAUAACAGUAUAUUCAAAUACGAUAACAGUAUAUUCAAAUAUGAUGCAGUAUAUUCAAAUAUGAUGCAGUAUAUUCAAAUAUGAUGCAGUAUAUUCAAGAAAUGAAGUGUCUACUUAAUGAUGUUAGACAGAAUCUCAUUUGAAACCGAUCAAUUUUAACAUAAUACAUUUUACUUACCUAUUUAUCAUUUGAAGACUAGUCAUCUUUUGUUAGAAUGAAAUACUCUAGUUUACAUUAUUAUCAAAUCAAUUAUAUUGAAAAGUUGUAAAUAGUUUUUAUUUCUUGAAAAGUCUCCCUCUUUGAAGUAUGUAAUAUAGAAAAUUUACCAUACAAGACAUAAAUGAGCUUUUUUCUUUGGUGAAGACUUUGUAAAGAUCCUGUGAGAGUUUUAGAAUCAGUAGGAAGCUCUUUAUGUACUUGUAAUCUAAACUUUUCAGCUUGCACUUUGUCAAAGUAGUAUUGCUUUGACAAAUAGAAGCCAAAAUGGGAGCUGUUAUGUGCAUAUAGCAUUUGCUAAAGGGAGACAACCAGAUCUUGUGACUAAAUAGGGAUUAGAAGCAUUGCACAGUAGAUGUGAGAGGGAUUUUAUUAAAAACAUUGUAAUUUGCCCUUCGUUUUUUUUUUAAUUAUUUUCCUUCCUUUAGAAAUUCAUCAGUUUGAAUACAGAAAAGAUGAGGAAUCAUUAUCCUAAAUGAAAUUUUUUUUUUCUAGUUCUGUUGGCGCAAAAUGCUAGUGAGGUGGUAUUUAAUUUUUCCGUCCUUUAUUAGUUUAUUUGUAUCAGUCUGUGGUCCAAUGUUGAUAGAUUUGGUACAUUGUAAUGUGAUUUCCCUGACCAGAAAGUUUGUUUUUAUUAAGUUCAAGACAAAAUUGGUGUCUACAAUAUACCAGUACUAAUAUCAGUUUCUUCACUUUAUCACAGCAAAAUGGCUUUCUCUAAUUGGUUCACAAAUCAUUAUCAAUGCUACUAACCAAACUCUCUCAACUCCCAGGGGAGCAUACUGCCAAAAAACAUUUUCAACUUCUUGCCCUGUUGAAGUAAUAAUAAUUCACAGACAUUGUAUAUUAGUGGUUUUUUUUUAUGUAUUAUAGAAUGUACUUAUAUACAUUGUGUCCCAGGAUGGACUCAAUAAGAUGUGCUUUAUGAUAGGUUUACCAAAUACUCUGUUGAAAUGUAGAUUGGUAGGAAUGGGAUCAUGUAAUAUUACACAUGACCUUUCCUUUUGGUGUCCGAUCAGCAGAGUAGAAAUUCACAUCUUAUAAACGCUUUCUGAUUUGUGCGGUAUUUCAUCCAAUAUGUUUGUAUUACGAGGUGAUGGAUACAAUUUUAUUUUGUCUUGAUUUAAAACAAUGACCAUUGAAAUCUUGUACCUGUAGGUAUAUGACUUUUACAAGAUCGUAGGACUCUGACAUUUUGGUUAUAUACAGAAUGACAUUGCAUCUUCGUUUUAAUUGCCUGUUGUAUAAAUACUGAAACAGACCUUGAAAGCAUCUCUUUGAAACAUUUAAUGACCAAUUUUGUUUCUAUUUAAACAAUCCUUCAUACUGACUGUGUCUGUUAAGGAUGAAUUUAAUUGUUCCUCCCACAUCAUAGGUCAACACCUGUUUUAUUCAUUUUAAUCACAUUCUUGAUAUGAAUUUGUUGAAAUCUUUUAUGGUGAUGUUUUAGCCCUGAUUUGAACCUGUUUAUUCCUGAUAAUUUUGCAUUAAAUUUUUCUCAUUCCAAAGUUGUUUUUAGGAAAAUGUCUAUUGAUUUUAAAGAUCUUACUUUUGUGUCAAGUUGUGUAAGAUGUUGGAAAUGGUAUUCACCACAAAGUGUUCUUGCCAAGCCCAAUUAUUUUUCAGAAUUAUAUUAAGUUGUUUCAUCAGGUUUGAUUUAAAUUGUCUGACGUUUAUUUCUGUUUAUCUGAUUAUACGUUUCAGGUGCUUUUUGUAAUGUUAACAGUGUUGGGCAAGUAUUGGCAUUCUAAGAACAGAGUACUAUGGAACACUAGUUUGUGUUUAUUAGCUAUAGAAAACCAUGUAAUUAUCUUGAUUUUUGGGAAAAU